UCGGACCCCGCCCACCUCCACGAGCCCACCUCCACCAGCCUCCCACCGCUCCACUGGUCCGUCCACUGGCCGCCAUCGUCAUUUCUUUGCGGGCUGUUUACGGCGACAAGCUGUCGUCCUCGACCCCCGGAGCGACCCUCUAUCCCCGGACUGUGACAUGCGUGAGUUUUUCGAUGGCCGCUCUUGACGUGACUGCCUGUAGUCCAGCAGCGAACUAGUUAACGAGAGGCGGAGGAGCCCGCGCUCCAGCACACCGCCACAGUGCGAAGAUGGCGUCUCAGGGAGCCAGCGGAGAGCAGCCUCCUCCGGUACAAACCCUCACCGCCGCCGUGCUGGGAGGCGUCGACACGAAAUGUGAUUUCAACAUGGAUAACCUGAGCAAGCCGGAGCUGCUGACUCUGCUGAGCAUUAUGGAGGGAGAGUUGGAGGCCCGUGACCUGGUCAUCGAGGCCCUCAGGGCUCAAAGGAAGGAAGUGUUCCUCCAAGAACGGUACAGCCACUUCAGUCUGACCGACCCUUUCCUGGCACUCCAGCGGGACUUUGAGUGCGGCGUCCCGAGAGGUGACAAGGAGCGGCGGCCCCUGGGCUCCAGCCCUAUGUCUGUCCUAGAGGCUGUCAUGGCACACUGCAGGAAGAUGCAAGAGCGCAUGUCAGCCCAGCUUGCUGCUGCCGAGAGCCGCCAGAAGAGGCUGGAGAUGGAGAAGCUACAGCUGCAGAACCUGGAGCAGGAACACCGCAAGCUGACGGCACAGCUGAAAGAUGAGCGCGAAAAGAACAAGCACAUCGUCAUGAUGCUUGUGCGCGAGUGCAAGCAGCUGGCCACGCGUGUGGUGGAGGAAUCGCAGCACUUCGAAGAGCUUCAGGCUCGACUGGAUGAGGAGACCCGCUCGUCAGGCCGCCUGCAGGAGCAGCUGGGUGCCGAGCGCCAGCAUAGCCAGCAGAUGGAGGCCAAGAUGGAGAAACAGCUGUCGGAGUUCGACACGGAGCGGGAGCAGCUACGGGCUAGGCUAGGGCGUGAGGAGGCUGAGAGUCAGAAUCUACGGCAGCAGGUGGAUCAGCUCAGGACUGAACAGGGAGAUGUAAGGGACGGCGCCGCUCCAGGCCAACCUGCUGUCAGCACCUGCGUACCACCUACACCCACAGCUUCUGUGUCAGUGGCCACAGAGCCCAUCAGCUCUCGAACAGCUUCCUGCCAAACAGACCAGCCCCUCACUGAGGUGGAGGGUCCCAAGAAAACUCCACUCACCAUACCCGUCAAACCUGCCCCAGGCCCGUAUGCAGGUCUGAGCCUGCCAAAGACAGCCGGAAGGGGAAUCGGCCACAGUAGCUCAGGUGGACUGACACAGGCCGAGAACGGCUCAGAGGCCCAAUCCGCCCCCCACAGCAUACCCAGCGGGGUCAGCCCGCGGGUCCAAGCGGCUCGCUACAAGUUCCAGGAACAGGACCAAAACGGCACAGCCUCCCAGAGUCCUCCGGCCCGUGACCUCUCGCCAACCAACCGUGACAACUUUGCUGCCAAGCAACAAGCACGCCACACAGUCACCCAGGUCCUGUCACGCUUCACCAGCCCCCCAGCAGGCGGGAGUGGACCACUACGACCAGGCCUGCCUCAUUCUGCCUCAGAGGGUGGGCCUUUCCCCAGCCGCCUGAGCCAUCCCAUCGGCCUUAAGUCACCUACAGUGGCCAGGAUUGACAGGGGCAACCCCCCUCCAAUCCCUCCCAAAAAACCUGGGCUCUCCCAGACCCCCUCUCCUCCUCAUCCGUCCAUUAAGGGACUGGGGGACAGCAGCCGCUCUCAUGGGGCGGGGCUAAAACCAGCUACACCCCAGCUUCCACCCAAACCCGCCUUGGACCUGGUACCAGCCCUGACGGCCUCUCAGGUGGGUGCAUGCCCCCCCUAUAGCUCACCGGGGCCUGAGCAGUCGACGUCAACAGAAUGUCCCCCACUCAUCACCCCUGCCACCAAUGUUUGUAGCCCCUCUUCCAUAAACCCCCUUCCCACCUCCCUCUCCAUUAGUGCUCCAUCCACCUGUAGCCCCCGCGCCUCCACAGGCAAUCCCCUGGCAACAGCAUCAGGCUGGUGUCCCUCCAUAGUACCCCCUCUCGGCGGUGGCGGGCCUGCUGCCCUGGACGGCGGGCGCCCCCUACUCCUCCUCCAAGCUGCUUCCCAGGGAAAUGUCACUUUAUUGUCAAUGCUGCUUAACCAACCUGACCCGACCACAACCACCGACACCCACUGCACCACUGCCAUGGAGAACCAGCCCCCUCAUGAUGACCAAGACCACCUCAACCACAACCACACAUCUGCCUUGUUUGCUGCUGCUCACAACGGACACGCAGAGUGCGUGAAGCUGCUGCUGUCUUCCGGUUCGCCCGCUGAAGUGUCCGACCAAAAUGGAUUUACACCUUUGCACUUUGCUGCCUGCCAUGGCCACAAUGGCUGCGUAGAGGCUCUGCUGGCUGCAGGAGCAGCUGUGGAUGCGGCGGCGAGCGGCCUCCAGACCGCUCUCUUCUUGGCCAGCGAGGCAGGAAGGAAUCACUGUGUCCAAAUGCUGCUGAACGCUGGUGCUGACCGCUCCCGAACUGUUACAGACGGCUGUACGUCUCUCCACGCUGCUGUGCGCUCGGGACACGUGGACACGCUGCGUGUGCUUCUCUGUCACCCUAACACCAGUGAUCCCACUGCAACCUUUGACUCCAGCGUAGCUCAGACGCUGCCCGCCUUCGUCCUGAACCAGGCCAACACUGACGGAUGGACGGCCGCACACAUGGCAGCCGCUCUGGGCCAGAAGGACUGUCUAGGGGUGCUGUUUAGCCACAGCGAGCAGGGCAUUGAGAGGAGAGAUAAAUGUAAUCGCACCAUUCAUGAUGUCGCCACAGAUGACUGCAAAGAUCUUCUUGAAAACCUAAACCAGUACCGGGUCCUUGUGCGUCUCAAGUUUUCUGAUGGGGGCGGAGCCAUUGGUCCCCUGUGUCACAUGAAAGAUGCUGAUGAGAAGCGGGUCAAUGACAUUCAUUUGGCGCUGGGCAGAAUAUCAGUAGACCGCUCCAUGCACUGGUCUCAGCUGAACACUGCCAUAGGCCACGCCUUCACUGCCCACCUCCACAUGGUGUGUGGGGAGGAUGCACAGCAAGCCCCGCUGGGCCUCAGCCCCACCAGCAUCGCCUCCAUCCUCAUUGGAGGGACUGAGUGGCAGCCCGGUCAGGAGCUUCCUGUCCUCCCCUGGGAUCUGGUCCGAAAACCUCACUGCCAGGUCAUCACAGUGCGACUAAAAGGCCUGUCACAGUUGUGUCUGGAUGAGCUGGCUAUGGAGUCCCUCUUCCCUCUGCCGGUCCUGCUUAACUACGUCCGCUUGGUGGAACAAUACGGGAGUCUCAUUUUUCAUGGAGCUGAGGGCAGUUGUCAGGACUACAUCGCCUCUCAGCUUGCUCGCUGCAUCAAGUCUAAGCAGCAGGAGGAGGGCCAUGUCUGUGAGGUGAUGAAGGUUAAGGUGGAGCACAGCCUGAGCAAGGAGCAGCUGCUGGAUAACUUGGUAUCCUGUGGCUUCCUAGUGCCGGUACAGGGGUCUCGUCAUGGGCGCUGUGUGGUGCUGCUGCUGCAGGGACUGGAAAAGGCAGCAUCGCUGUCGGGCCUGCUGGGGGACCUGUGCCACAGCUUGGACAACAGGUGCUCGGCUGUCCCGCUCAUCCUCAGUGCAGGUCCACAUCGCUUCUGCGAGCGCAGCUUCCUAAUCGCCACCUUGUCAAAGCCCCGCCUCCAGGGCUCAGAGCUCCGCCUCCAGCAGCACUUCCGCUGGGUGACUCUCCGCUGGGACCAGGAACCUCUGCAUGGCCUGCUGGGAAGACAUCUACGCAGGAAGCUGCUGCACCAGACAGGAAGUGGCUCAUGGUCACCUGAUGGCGCCAAGGAGAAGUCGGUGCUGUGGAUAAAUCAAGUUUGGCAGCAGCUCAAUGCCUGUCUGUCCCGUCUGGGAACCCAUGAAGCCUUGCUGGGUCCUCAGCUUUUUCUGUCCUGCCCCGUUGCUGCCAACGACACGCAGGCCAUUAUCAGCUGGUUGGCUCGUCUGUGGAACGCUGUGGUGGUCCCACGUGUGGAGGAGGCCAUUGUCUCUCGAGUAACAGCCAAGCGCUCAUCUUCCAUUUCCUCCUCCUCGCCAACGCAGAGGCCGUUGCCUAGCAACUGUGGGCUAAGUGCUGGUCAGCAGGCAGUGAUGAAGGCUGCCCUCAGCAUCCUGGUCAACAAAGCCGUCCUCCUGGGCUGCCCACUUCCUCGUCAUGAAGUUGUGUUCAAGGGCGGAGCCUUCCCUUUGGCCACCAUCGGCUCCUUUAAAGGCAGGAAGUGUCGUGACGGGGCCAAGUUGAGGCGAUCCAACACCAGCCCUCGCAAGAAGGGAGGUUCAGCCACAAGCUGGGGCUCCUUUCGAGAGGGCUCAGUCUCCACCACUGAUGUCAGCUGCAUUGCUAACGGCAAUAUACACAGGGAGUCUUCAUCAGGUUUGUCUUUGUUCUGUGACGACGAGACAGACUUGAUCAGAGAGCUGCAGUCCAUGUGUUCCAGCAGGUCCGAACCAGACAUCAGACAGAUCUCUGUGUCCAAAGACGACAUAAUUGUGUUCACGAGAGAGCCUGUUGGUGGUCCAUCUCCAGUGCCAGAGCAAGAAGUAACCUUCAGCCAACCAGCUCAGUCGACAGCAGUACAGAGUAUUGAGCGCCGAUUGGGCCCGCGUGUCAAAUCUCAGCUCCCUAUUCCCAGCAGGGGGCAGCAGCCUCGGGCUGCCGUGGUCAGUAACAACAACAAGAAUAGCAGCAGCAAGCAAAUGCCUUCCAGCUACAGCAGAACCAGCAGCAAACCGAGGGUGGCACCGAACAGCAGCAGCAGCAUGAAGAGCCAAUCACCCGAGGACAUUUGGGUCCUGCAUGACAACAACAAUAAGUAGACACACCCACUGCCCUGCCCCUUAUAUGACAACCAAUCACACGAGGACACCGGUGUGUCAAAAGAACCCCCCCUCCCCCCAAUGCCUCACCCCUCCCCUCCCUCCAGGAUGUAAAGACUGGCUUCCCUAGGCAACCUUUAAACUUUGCUCUUUGUACUUGUGAUUUUCUGCUGUGCUGCAGUCGUAUACUUGGGGACCAGCGUGUUGUUGUAGAAGCUUUAUGUCUACUUUUUUGAUGGUUACUUUGCUGGUGGCUCCUGUUGUUGCAGCGUCAGCCACCAGAGGGCGCUGCCAACUAGAAGGGUAUUUUAGUCUUUCUUACGCUCUGGGGUACUUUGACCACAAUCAGGGUUCUAUUGUAAAUAAGAAGCAGUUAGUGCUCGCUAGGCUCGUGCACGUGAUUAUGAUGAUGAUAAUGAUGUUGUACAAUGAUGAAGACCUCCACUCUGGAAGACAUAAAAAAAAAUAAAAGUAUUUGUAAAGCGGUCACUUGUUCAAAGUGGGGGGGGGGCAAUAAGUUGUAGAUGUCCUUUGUCUACCAUAAGCCAUAUUACAACAUGUACCCUUCCCCCUCCACUCCAAUGCCCCUUCACGCGUCCCAUCAAUCACUGUGUUCUGUGGGUUUUUUUCUUCUGAAGGCUUUAUUUUAUGUGGACAAUGUUUAUAAAUUAUAUAAAUAUAACAUCUAUACAUAUGUACAGAAGAGACUAUAGCCCUGAUUCAGAUGUGUGUUUUAAAAAGUUGUCUUUCAAGCACAAAAACAUUAAAAUCUUAAAAAGGUAUUUAAACUGUUUCUUUAUUGUGAAGAUUACUUUUACUUUUCUGUUGCAUUAAAAAAUGCAUAUACAUUCAUUAUUUGGAUGAAAAAUUUAUCUCUAAAAUUAUAAAAAGUUAUUAUACAAGACUUGUUAUAGGGAAAAAACACUUUUGAAGGUACAUGUUUUUUUUUACACAACUGUUAUGUACAUUUUAUGUACAGUUAUGUUUAUGUUAUGUAUGUGUGUAUAUGUAUGCUAAAUGUUGCAGUAUUCCUCACAUGCUGCUUUAUUAAAAUGUAUUUCAUUUAUUUAGAAAAUCUGGUAUUAAUACUGAUAUUUAUCAUAUAUAUUUCCUAAUGUUUGCGCUAGCUCUUGACGAGUUAACGUGAACAUCCACGACAUAAACACAUGACCACAAAAAAAUUGUCAAAAUCGUUCAUUUUUCUGUAAAUAUAGUUGAUUGAGCAUUUCUACAUUUAUGUUACUAUGAUGUAACAAACAGUUCAGUUGUUGGUUGAAAACAUCACAGUUGCACAUCCGGGUACCUUUGACAAAAACUAAGUAGUAUUAUUCCGUUACAAAGGAGCGGCGUUCCUCACACGUCACCAAAUGUUUCCAGUUGAAGGAGGAAUUACUGGCUUUUGCAACUCAUCUUCAUCGACUGAGUACCUCAGCGUGUCUCUAAAGUGCUUCAAUGUCGUGUGUGUGUGUGUGUGUG